UUGAAGAGUAAACGAAUCCGACUGACGUUCGAAGUGUUCGAGCUGGAAGUUGUACCAAAUCGCGAAGAUUGUUCGUACGAUAGUAUUGAAAUUUAUGAUACCUAUGUCAACGAUGAGGAGCACAGCGAUCUACACGGAAGAUUCUGUGGCACACUUCUUCCUCCACCAGUGCUGUCAACAGGAAGCCGGCUCACCGUUGUUUUCAAAAGUGAUCGCUCAGUAAAUGGUGCUGGUUUUGUCGCGAAAUGGCAAGCUGUCGAUGCUAAGCAGGACUGUCAUCGAACGUACACAGCAACGAGCGGUACAAUUGAAAUCCGUGCGGAAACUGUGCUGAAAUUUGCGCAGUGCGAUUACCAGAUUGCGCUUCAAUCACCUAAACGGAUAUUUCUUCGAUUCGAAAAUAUAUCAGCUCCGUGUGAAGAAGGAACUUUGAUGUUGAGGAAGCCAACGAUGAAAAAUCUGCUGGCUGGAUUUUGUGUAGUUUUUCAUCGUGAUGAAUGCAAUCCAUUGUUACUGAGCAGGAAUGGAGUGAAUGAGCAGUCGCCGGGUUUCGGUGGUCUUUUCCGAGAUUCGGAAAUAUGCAAUGAUCAUCCUGUAAAAGAACUUCGUUCGCAAGGCAAUCGCGUUUUCAUGCGUCUGACAACAAGCAACGCUGCUUCCGUUCGGUUCACGGUUUAUUACGAGCAAAUCGAUUCCGGUCAGUGUUUCUUAUCCUGUAGCUCAGUUUUUUUUUUUUUAAAAAAAAAGCAAACUUGUAUCUGA